AUGGAAUUCUACUACAAUGCCAGAGUAUUCCGGGGAACACCCCAUUUCGAGACCCACAUCCAAUCCAAAGUUGGGGGGGUAAUUUUCGACUUCACCGAACAGGACUUUGGUCGGUGUUUCAGUCUGCCCAAGCAAGGGAUCACAGAUCUCAAUCCUCCUGCAGACAUUAAGGCUGAGUCAGUCGGUCUCAUUCCCCAAAUGAGCACCCUUCUGGUGGAACUCGGCGUUCCAACUUGCCCUGGCGAAAGCCUGAACCAGGCUCAGAUCAAAGUCGGUCCCGGUGUUGGAAUACUAAAACGCAGCAUCAUCCGAUCAAGGCAUUUUCUUCCAAGAAAGCAAUCGGCCUCCAGUUCCACAGGUGGCCGAAAGAAGAAAGCCGCGAAGAAAAAUACCCCGGCAAAAGCAAGCACCGGAGGAAAGAGAAAAGAAAAAGUAAUUUUCGAGGAUCCACCUCAACAAACCGAGGAUGAGGAGUGGGACGAUGAGGAAGCCGACACAGAGGGAACCGAAAAUAGAACGGACCAUGACGAUGAUCUUUCGGCUCAAAGUCCAAACAAUGCCGAACAUAGCAUAAAUCCUGAAACCACCGAGGGUGAGGACGGGGUUGACACAGGUGCCAAUGAUGAAGGCCUCAGCAGGAAGGAAGCCGAUGAGGCCGAGGCCGAAAGAUUAGCCCAGAAUAUCUUUCAGGGCAUCGCCAGGCGGGAUGAGGACGUUAUAAACUUAUACUUGGAGUGGCAUGAGCACCGCUUCGACACGAACUAUAAGAACAUCAUGACGGACUUGAACCAAGAGGAUUGCUUCGCAAGGUUGGAGGAGGUGGAGGCCAUGAUCUUAAGCCUCACAAAAUCCAAUACCAUCCAUGAGGAAAUAGAGCGGCUGGAAGUCAUAUGCAAUCAGAAAGAAGUACCGGUAUAUACCGCUCCGGUCAUCGAAGAAUUUCCAAUUGACUGGACAACAACCUCAAGAGAAGACACUGAGACACCGAGGGACAUUGAGACACCUCUGCCAGAAAAUGAUGAGGUACCGACUUCGAAGCCUGUUGAGGUCCAAACUUUAGAGGAUGUCGAGACACCGAUACAGGACAAUGCUGAAAUACCAACUUCGAAAACUGUUGAGGUACAAAGUUUCGAAAAUGCCGAGGUUCCAAACUCAGAAAUUGAGGUAAUAAACUUAGAGGAUUCGGCUCAAUUAGAACCUCCAAAUGAAGAGGAGGCACCGAUAAAUCUUGACGAAAGAGCCGAUCCAGAUCCUACCGAGCUAUCAAUGCCUCCACCACCACCGGUAGUCACCGCUCCAGCGCCUCCUCAGGAAUGGAUUGAUGACCUAUUUCAAAAAUUUGAAGUAGUUGUUUCGAAGCGGAUUGAGGACCGACUCCGGCAGUUUGACACUUCAAUAUCAGAGAAGAUUGAUGACCGCAUACUUGAACACAACGUCUCUAAGCUUCAACCGCUCAAGGAUAGAUGCGAGAACAUUUUCGAUACGGCUAUGAAGUUCGCCGAUGUAACAAAACAGGUUGUGGAUCAUCAUCAAACACGCCUGGAGCAACUCAGCACCGGACUAUGGGAAGAGGCCGGUGAGCGAGAAAACUGUGCUCAGCAUAUUAUAGCUCUGGAGGGUCUCACUUCGGAAUUAAAGAAGGAUUUCGAACGGGUUGACCCAACAAUUGACCGAGUCUCGGUACUGGAAAAUUCAAAUAAGACUCUUGUGUCCGAGGUAAAGGCACUUACAGAGCAGAUAGCCGAAAUCCUGAAAGCUAAGGAAGCCGCGGAUGCCGCGGCUAUAGAGGCCGAUGCUCUGGUUGCUAAGAGAGUCCAGGAAAGGUUGGACGCCGAGGUUAGCAGAGACAAAGAAGCGUCGCGAGCGACUCAGCUGACCGCGACUCAGCUGACCGAAGAAGAAAUAGAAGUCGAAAGAAUAAGAAGGGCUGAGAUCAUGUAUCUAGGGUAUGCUGAGCAAAUAGCAAGACAAGCUGCGGAGGAUGCCGAACGAUUAGAAACGGAGCAGCGACGGCUGGCGGGAUUUGCGAAGGAACACGAGAAAAAGAGGAAAGCGGCCGCUUCCGCUUCAGCACCGGCCGCCUCUGCCUCAGAACCGAAGAAAAGAAAGAAGCCGGCUAGUAAGAAAGUUCGAAUUGUCGAGACGCUCAACACAAUCUCUGAACUGGUCGAGACGGGUACCUCGCAGCAAGCCGACCCACUAUAA